UGUGAUGCCAUAAUACAGUAUAUUGUAGAUCAGGCAUCACUGGGUGUGCAUUUUAGUAUUUAAUUUAAAGUCAGUUAAAGCAGUAAUGUCUUGUCCUGUGUAGGAUUCAGAGUCCUUGCUGGUACGUUUUUGUGAUAGGAGGUUUUGUUCGCCUGUAUGCCGAAGGAGUGUUUGCGCAUUUGUAAGUGCGAAGGAGUCAUCUUUAAGAAUAGUGUCCAUAGGCCAGGCUUUAGUUAGAGGAAGGAGGCUUGUUUGCCGGCCCCAACAUGCCUUGUACUUGUGGAAACUGGAGAAAAUGGAUCCGUCCUCUUGUUAUAUUGCUAUACGUUGUUGGACUGAUAAUAGGAAUUCCAGUAUGUAUCUGGGAGUUACAGAAAAUGGGGGUUGGCGUGCACACCAAGGCCUGGUUUAUUGCUGGGAUUUUUGUGCUGAUGACCAUACCCAUUUCACUUUGGGGGAUUUUGCAACAUCUAGUUCAUUAUACGCAGCCUGAAUUGCAGAAACCCAUAAUAAGGAUAUUGUGGAUGGUACCAAUUUACAGCUUAGACAGUUGGAUCGCUUUAAAGUAUCCUGACAUCGCAAUAUAUGUGGACACCUGCAGAGAAUGCUAUGAAGCUUAUGUUAUUUACAACUUUAUGAUUUUCCUUUUAAAUUAUUUAACAAAUCGCUGUCCAAACCUGGCGUUGGUUCUGGAAGCCAAAGAUCAGCAAAGGCUUCUACCUCCUCUGUGCUGGUGCCCACCCUGGCCAAUGGGAGAUGUAUUAUUAUUCAGAUGUAAGUUGGGUGUGCUGCAGUAUACUGUGGUGCGACCUGUCACCACUAUAAUUGCCUUGAUUUGCCAACUGGCUGGUGUUUACGGUGAAGGUGAAUUCAGCGUAAAAAACGCAUGGACGUAUUUGGUCAUAAUUAACAAUGCAUCACAACUGUUUGCUAUGUACUGCCUUGUUCUAUUUUACAAAGUACUGAAGGAAGAGUUGAAUCCAAUUCAACCUGUUGGCAAGUUUCUGUGCGUAAAGAUGGUUGUCUUUGUUUCCUUUUGGCAAGCCGUGCUCAUUGCGCUGCUGGUAAAAAUUGGGAUAAUUUCUGAACACAAAACAUGGGAUUGGAAGAAUGUUAAGGAUGUUGCCACAGGGUUACAGGAUUUUGUUAUUUGUGUUGAAAUGUUCCUGGCUGCUAUUGCUCACCAUUUCAGCUUCACAUAUAAACCAUAUGUGCAAGAGGCUGACGAGGGUUCGUGCUUUGAUUCGUUUCUCGCUAUGUGGGAUAUUUCUGAUAUCAGAGCAGACAUAUCAGAGCAAGUGCGCAAUGUGGGAAGGACUGUUUUGGGCAGACCGAGGAAGAUGUUUUUUGCAGAGGACUUGGAACAAAAUGAACACACUAGUCUGCUAUCUUCUUCUACACAAGAUCCAUUGUCUGCUGUUUCCUCUAUGCCACCGUCUCCUUCUGGACGCUAUCAAGGUUUUGGUCAGACAAUAACACCUCAAACUACACCCACCUCUGCUACAGUUCCAGAGGAACUGUAUAGUGCAGACACCCCAGAACAAGAUCCGGUCCCAAUAACGGAGCCUAAUGGGGAGGUCUCAUAUGAUGGCAGCAAACACUCAGAAUCCUAACCAUGUAUACAGAGGAAAAAGUGCCAAAUGUUCUCAUGGCUCAAGCCUCCACAAGGUGAAAUUUUUAACCCGCUCGAUAGCUUGGUGUUUUGUUUAACUAUCUGCUGCUUAACUAUUUCUUUUAAGAUUCAAGUUUUUGGACAGGCACAAUACCCUAAUCUGAAGGAAUGACACUGUUGUGCACUUUGUCUUGUAUAUGUUUGUAUAUUGUAAAUGUUGUAGUUGAAGGCAAAAAAAUGGCCCCUGGUCAUAUAUGUCCUUCAACAAUUUGUUCAAAUGUUUGUUGAUACUGUAGAACAAAGAUUCCAAGCAUUCUUACCAUCACCAUUAUGGAAGUGUAGUCUGUUCCACAAAGCACACAGAUUUUUUUUUUUAAAACCCUAUAAAUACAGCAGCGCUUAAUAUUUACAGUGGUGUGGAUUGCAAGGUUGUGAAGCAGCUUGUAUUUCGUGCUGACACCAUUUGCACGCACGUUAGGUCUGGGGUUUUCUUUCUGUUCUAUAAAUACAGUAUAAUAACCGUUUUAGUUUUGUACAUGUUGACAACGCGGGACCUCUGUUCAUUUGUUACUUUGUUUUGCCAAAAGCCUUAAUUAAAUGAUUGUGAUAAAUUAUUUUAUUAUUAUUAUAUUCUUGUUAACUUUGAUUGUAUUAUGAAACAGGCCAUACAAGUAGCAGUUUUCUCUCUCUCUAAGAAGUUAACGUGGCCAGGGAAUGCAGGAUUAACAUUCUCCAAAGUUAUUUUAGGUGUCUGUGGUUUGCCAGUAAUGUCCUGCUCUGAAGGAUGGUAUUUACACCUUUAGAUGAACCGUAAGAAAGCACAAGAUCCGCACUAUGAAUCACAGUAAAAACAAAACUACCGACAUGCAAGUUGUAUCUGUGAUGUGUACGUACAAGCAGACGCUGUGUUUUGCAAUCAUUCCACCUGCAGCAGUGCAACGUAUAUGGAGGACCAAAUGUGGACAGAGUAUCAUUCACUCUUAAGUGUAUAAAGAGCUCAAUAAUAUAGUCUAACGUGACCUAUAUCUAUUAGUUCAGAAAGUAAGUUCAUCAAUAAAGUGGCAGUUGUCGACAUUUAUCAUUCACCUGGCCAUUUGAGUGCUGUAUUCAAUCUGAUCGUUGUGCAGAACCGCAAAAUGUUUGCACUUUAUAAGUAAAGUUUGCAACCUUU